AUCAACGUACAAAACACGAUAAACUGAUAGUUUUUAUUAUAUAUCAGUCUUGACAAAACACGAAAUAACAAUGAACGAUAAGACAAAUUUCUACCAGACCGGAAAUUAAAACACUCUCCUCUGUUUACUCUUUACCUGAUGCAGAGACUGAAACAUUUAAGAUGGUUAUCGAGCCAUGUAUUAUCUCGUAGAGUAAAUGGCGUCAAAUGUUUUGGAUCUUCAUUAUUUGGUGUUAAACAGCAUCAAUUCUUUUUAAGCAGUAGAGCCAUGGCAUCAGGUGGAGUAACAAGCAAGAGCAAUGAAAAAAGGAACCGGCUGUCCAAAGAGCUGUCUCCAUAUUUGCUGCAACAUGCAUUAAAUCCUGUUGACUGGUAUCCAUGGGGUCAGGAAGCUUUUGAUAAAGCAAAGCUGGAAAAUAAGUUGAUUUUCCUGUCAGUUGGGUAUUCUACAUGUCACUGGUGUCAUGUGAUGGAACGAGAAUCAUUCGAAAAUGAAGAAAUUGGUCGUAUAUUGAAUGAGAACUUUGUCUCCAUUAAGGUAGACAGGGAAGAGAGGCCAGAUGUAGAUAGGGUCUACAUGACAUUUAUUCAGGCCACUGUAGGCGGGGGAGGGUGGCCAAUGAGUGUGUGGCUGACUCCAGAACUGAAGCCGUUAUUUGGAGGGACCUACUUUCCGCCAGAUGACAGAUAUUAUGGACGACCAGGGUUUAAAACAGUUUUGACAAGUCUUGCUGAGCAAUGGAAGACAAAGGGACCUGUUUUAAAGGAGCAGUCCUCGGUCAUUCUACGGACCCUCCAGGAGGGGACCAGUGCCUCCGAAGCCCCAGGACAGUCCCUCCCUGACGUCAAAGACUGCACAGAGAAAUUGUAUUAUCAGCUAGAAAGAUCCUUUGAUCAGGAAGAUGGAGGGUUUUCAAAAGAACCCAAAUUUCCACAACCAGUCAAUUUCAAUUUCCUUUUCCGUUUGUAUGCCAAAUAUAAGGAUUCCUUCAGUGAUAUGGCAAACAGCAGUCUAGAAAUGGCAACAUUUACACUCAACAAAAUGGCAAAAGGAGGGAUAUUUGAUCACAUUUCUAAGGGCUUUCACAGAUAUUCUACAGAUGCUGUUUGGCAUGUUCCUCAUUUUGAAAAGAUGCUGUAUGACCAGGGGCAGCUUCUCUUUAGCUAUGCUGAAGCGUAUCAGAUCACAAAACAAGAUGAAUUUGCAGAGGUAGUACGAGACAUAGCUGAGUACACCAUGAGAGAUUUACUGAAUCCAUGUGGAGGGUUUUAUAGUGCUGAGGAUGCAGACUCCUUACCAACAGCAGAGAGUCCAGAAAAGAAAGAGGGGGCCUUCUGUGUCUGGACCUAUCAACAGAUACAGGAUAUCCUAAAGGAGAAGGUCAAGGACAACCUCUCUCUGGCCCAGAUCUUCUGUUACCACUUCAACAUCAAAGAAAAAGGAAAUGUUAAUCCGAUGCAGGAUCCUCAUGAUGAGUUACUGAACCAAAAUGUGUUGAUUGUAAAAGACUCAGUGGAGGAAACAGCUCAGAAGUUCUCUUUGAAUCCUGUUGAAGUAAAAGAUGUUCUUGAAAAGUGUAGAACUCUUCUAUACAAGGAGAGACAAAACAGGCCCAGACCACACCUUGACGAUAAGAUAGUAGCUGCUUGGAAUGGUUUGAUGAUUUCUGGACUGUCCAAGGCGGGGCAAGCCCUAGGGGAGUCUCUGUUUGUAGAUCAGGCUGUAAAGACUGCCUCAUUCCUCCAGAACCACAUGUAUGACAAGACCAGCAGUACCCUGUACAGAACCAGCUAUGUAGAGAAGGACUCCAUCUCCAUGGGGUCCUCUCCAAUAGAAGGCUUUGUGGAUGAUUAUGCUUACGUUAUCCGGGGUCUUCUAGACUUGUACGAGGUCUGUCAGGAUGAGCAAUGGGUACAGUGGGCCGAGGAAUUACAGGAGCGACAGAACGGUUUGUUCUGGGACAGCGAGGGCGGGGCUUAUUUCAGCAACAGCGGCAGAGAUGCCUCCAUUGUCCUUAGGCUCAAGGAUGAUCAGGAUGGUGCAGAGCCGUGUCCUAACUCGGUGUCCGUCAGCAAUCUGGUCAGGCUUGGAGCUCUAUUAAACAAUCAGGAUUACACCGAGAAAGCUGUGACCAUUCUCAAGGUGUUCUACGAGAGACUGACAAAGAUACCCAUUGCUAUACCAGAGAUGGUGUGUGGACUAAUUCUUCUACAGGACACUCCCAAACAGAUUGUUUUGGUUGGAAAUCCAAACUCGGAUGAUCUUAAUGCACUGAAAAACUGUGUUGCCAAGCAUUAUUUGCCAAACAAAAUUACUAUAACUUGUGAUGGAACAAGUGACAAAUUCAUGAAGGCAAAAUUGGAGUUUUUGAACUCAUUAACAAAGAAAGAUGGCAAAGCGACUGCCUAUGUGUGCGAGAACUACACCUGUGAUCUUCCUGUUACCUCUGUCGCUGAUUUAGAGAGGGUUCUGAAAGUCAAUCCUUAAGUGCUACUGUGUAGUAACUUGAUCAAUAUGAAUUUUAUACAUAUGUUGUGUGUUUUUAAAAUAUAUACAGAUAUACUGUUUGUGUAAUGGUUUCAAACUAAUUAUACCAGAAAAAGCAAAUGUUUUGAACUUGUUCAUGUAUAUAUGAAUUAUUAAACCAAAAUAUA